UUAGUUUUUUAAUCAGCUGUUCGGAUUUUAUUUGUUUCUUUUUGAUAAAUUAAUAGUUUCCAAUGAGAGAAAUCGUACAUAUUCAAGUUGGGAGGUGCGGGAAUCAAAUCGGGUCCAAAUUCUGGGAGGUGAUUUCCGAUGAACAUGGAAUCGAUCCCUGCGGUAUAUACCACGGCGACUCGGACCUCCAACUGGAACGCAUCAACGUGUACUACAACGAAGGCGCCGCCGCUAAGUUCGUCCCCCGAGCGGUCCUAGUCGACCUCGAACCGGGAACCAUGGACGCGAUACGAGCUGGAGUCUACGGACAGAUAUUCCACCCCGAUAACAUCGUGUAUGGAGCAACCGGUGCAGGCAAUAACUGGGCUAAAGGCUAUUAUACAGAAGGCGCAGAUUUGCUUGAAUCUGUCCUCGACGUUGUGAGGAAAGAAGCUGAGGGCUGUGACUGCCUGCAAGGAUUCCAAGUCGUGCAUUCCCUUGGCGGAGGGACGGGUUCUGGACUUGGAACGCUGCUCCUUGCUAAUUUACUCGAAGAGUACCCGGACAGGAUCACAGUAACGUACUCUGUGGUACCCAGUCCUAAAGUGUCUGAUACUGUGGUAGAGCCUUACAACGCCACCUUAGCUGUCAACCAGUUGAUAGAGAAUUCCACGCAAUCAUACUGUAUUGACAACGAAGCCUUAUAUGAUAUUUGCUUCCGGACGUUAAAGCUGACGACGCCCACUUACGGUGACUUGAAUCAUCUGGUUUCGUCGACUAUGUCGGGCGUGACGACAUGCCUGCGGUUCCCGGGGCAGCUGAACGCGGACCUGAGGAAGCUGGCCGUCAACAUGGUGCCCUUCCCGAGGCUACACUUCUUCAUGCCGGGCUUCGCACCACUAACUGCACGUGGAAGUCAGAAGUACCGCGCCCUCACUGUACCAGAGCUGACCCACCAAAUGUUCGAUGCCAAGAACAUGAUGGCUGCGUGUGAUCCUCGACAUGGCAGAUACCUCACAGUGGCCGCUAUCUUCCGCGGUCGCAUGUCUAUGAAAGAAGUUGAUGAACAAAUGUGUAACGUACAGAGCAGGAAUAAGGACUUCUUUGUCGAGUGGAUACCGAAUAACGUGAAAACAGCUGUUUGUGACAUACCCCCACGAGGUUUGAAAAUGUCAGCUACCUUCGUUGGUAACACGACAGCUAUACAAGAAAUAUUCAAACGUCUCUCAGAGCAGUUCACGUCUAUGUACAGAAGGAAAGCCUUCCUUCACUGGUACUUGUGCGAGGGUAUGGAUGAGACUGAUUUCAUGGACGCUGACAAUAACAUGAGUGACCUUAUAUCUGAGUACCAGCAGUAUCAGGAUGCGACCUCCGAAGAUCAAGAGUUUGAGGAAGAAGAGGACGGCGGCGAAGAGGUCAAUGAUAGUGAUGAAUAGAUUUUUAAUUUAUUUAAUAAAUUAUUCGUAUCA